AUGAUUUCGAUGAAUACCACGCAGCUGGGCGAAAGUGUUGGACUGCAUUCUUCCAAAACAUCUGGACGCUUAAACGGAAUCGAUAAAUUCCGGGCAAAUGGGGUCAGUGAACAUAUCUCACUCCCUCAAAUAGUGGUUUGUGGCGAUCAGUCCGCUGGGAAGAGUUCGGUUCUGGAGGGUAUCAGUGGUAUCCCUUUCCCUCGCCAAGAUGGUCUUUGCACCCAUUUUGCAACUGAACUUAUUCUUCGCCACGAUCCCUCUCAGUCACAAUUCACAGCAACGAUAACCCCACAUCCUUCGCGAGAUGAGGAUACCAAAGCCAAGCUAAAAGACUACCGCCACGAGUUCCAAGACUUCGCAGAACUGCCUAGCAUUACAAAAGAAGCGGCAAAGCUCAUAGGACUUUCUACCAGCGAUACGGAAGUCGACAAACCCUGCUUUGCAGAGGAUAUUCUUCGGCUGGAACUGGUUGGCAAUACCGGAGUUCACCUCACUAUUGUCGAUCUCCCUGGUCUUAGAACUCAGUCCCGAGUUGCAAGGCUGGCUAACAACCGUGAUCAAACAAAACUCAAACUAGGGUUCUUCAUUCUCAAAAACCCUACCCCCAACGAGCUCAAAGCUGGAAUGACUGGUGAAAUACGCCGGAAGAUGGAAUCGACUUAUUUUAGCACGCCACCUUGGAGUUCGCUGGGCUUAGAUCCGGAUCGAGUUGGCAUAGACAAGCUGCGCAUUUUCCUGCAGGACCUUUUGGAUAGUCAUAUUGAACAGCAAUUACCGACUGUCCGUGCAGAUGUGCGUCGAUUGCUGGAACGUACGAACCAAGAGCUCAAUGCGAUUGGAAAUGAGCGAAAAUCUCCCAGUCAGAUCCGCACAUUCUUGACCAGAAUAAGUGCUGAUUGCCACAGGCUUGUUCAAGCAGCUGUGGAGGGAUCAUAUGGCGGACCUGAUUCAAUUUUCUUUCUGCAUGAUGAUGAUAAGCCAUUUAUUCGUCUUCGUGCUGCAGUUCAUAUUGGGAACGAGACUUUCUCUAGCUACAUGAGCGAAAAUGGAGCGAAAAGAAAGACAGUUCUCGUCACUGAGAAUCCCGAAUCGCCAGAAAGAAAGAGAUGGAGAAAGAGAUCGUGGAAAGUCGACAGUAGCUCCGAAAGCUUAAGCAAAAGCGAAGUUGAGGAUGGUCAACUAGCUGUUACACAGGAGGAACUGAUGAACUGGGUUCGACAGGCAUAUAAAGAGACAAGAGGUCAAGAGCUCCCUGGAAGCUACAACCACUGUCUCGUUACCAGGCUCUUCCAUGAGCAGUCCUCACGAUGGGCUGAAAUUUCUCGAGACCACGUCAGUGCCACUUCAAGACUCGUUUCCCUGUCUAUGGAGACUGCCCUUGAACAUACCAUCAAGGACAUCCCAGUCCGUCACAAAAUUCAUCACCUCGUCCGUAAAACUUUGGAAUCAAAUACCAAAGUUGGCAAUCACGAGCUCGCAAAAUUGAUUGACGAUGAAACUCGACAGCCAAUGACAUACAACCACUACUACACUGACAAUGUCCAAAAGUCUCGAGAUGAUCGUUCGAGAUCUCAAGUGGCAGAAUUAUUGUCACAUGCAAUUGAUUCGGCGGGACACAUGUCCGCAGACUCAAUGCUAACCUAUCUGAAGAAGAACUCAAUCGAACCAGACAAAAUCGUCGACACGAAAGAACAGGCAUGCUCAGACGCUCUCAUGGCCUUGGGUUCUUACUACAAGGUAGCAUGCAAGACAUUCGUUGACAACGUCUGUCGCCAGGUUAUUGAAAGGCAUAUUCUCGCGAAACUGAACAAUGCAUUCAACCCAAUGACUGUUAGUUGUUACUCUGAUGAGGAACUUGUUUCCUUAGCUGCCGAACCCCCCCCCUCCCCCGAUUUGCCAGCAACGUUCUGA